CCUGAUUUGAUCUUUAAGUUGGAGCAAGGAGGAGAGCCAUGGAUGGUGAACAAAUGCCUAAAUCAGAGCCUUCCAGUUGCCAUGAAAAGUGAUGACAUAAUUAGGAUGAACCAGGAAAUUCAAGAAAAAGAUUUCAAGCAGGAUGUUAUGACAAAUAGCAAGACAUCAACUCCCAAGAGAGUUGAAUUAAUAAAAAGACUUAAUUUAAGUUCAAGUCAUGUUUCAAAACUGAUUAUCAAAAGGGAAGUUAUUCAGCAAUGAAACCUGAGGAAUGCAAUGUAUGUCACAAUGUGCAUCCCCAUGGUGGGCCUGAUGAGCUGCAAGCUGGAGAGAAGCUUGAUGCCGCUAAGGUACCUGGGAACUCUGUCCAGUGCUGUGAGCAUCUUAGUGAGGAUCACAAGAUUCAGACUGUGAAGCCUUCAUUUGAACAUAGUGGACAGGGGAAAGACUUCAAAAGGAAGAAGAUAUUCUUUAGAUUUUGCACGGUCCAUAUGGGAGACCCCUGUAAUAAGUCAACAAUUACUGUUGGAAAGACAACUCAAAUAGAAGAAACUCUUCAUAAAAAUACUAACCUCAGUAAGCAUCAACAAAUCAACACAGGAGAGAAACUCUAUGAAGAUAUGGGGUAUGUGGAACCUCUCAUUUACAAAUCAGAUCUUCCAAUAGAUCAGAGACAACAUACAGAGAAAAAACCUUAUGCAUGUCAGCCUUGUAGGAUCUCCCAUGUGUGUAAUGAAUGUGGAGAAACCACGUACCAGAAGUUAGAUCUCAUUAGACAUCAGAAAAUUCACACAAAGAAGAAACCUCAUGAAUGUAAUGAGUUCCAAAAAACCAUUUUCCAGAAAUCAUACCUCAUAACACAGCAAAGAAUUCAUACAGAGGAUAAACCUCAUGAUUGUAAAGACUGUAGAAAAGCCUUUGGCAAGAAGUCACAGCUUGUAGUGCAUCAGAGAAUUCACACAGGAGAGAAACCUUAUGAAUGCAAUGGCUGUGGAAAAGCCUUUCUGUGCAAGUCACAGCUCAUCAAACAUAAGGGAAUCCACAAAGGUGAGAAACCUCAUGAAUGUAAUGACUGUGGAAAAGCCUGUGGCUUGAAGACAGACCUAAUCAAACAUUGGAAAAUUCACACCACGGAGAAACCUCAUGAAUGUAAUGACUGCGGAAAAGUCUUUGGCUCUAAGUCACAACUCAUAACCCAUCAGAGAGUUCACACAGGGGAGAAACCUUAUGAAUGCAAGGAAUGUGGAAAAGCCUUUGGCAAGAAGUCAACAAUCACUAGCCAUCAGAGAAUUCACACAGGGGAAAAACCUUAUGAAUGUAAUGACUGUGGCAAAGCCUAUGGCUAUAAGUCUGACCUCAUCAAGCAUCAGAGGAUUCACACAGGGGAGAAACCUUAUGAAUGUAAUGACUGUGGCAAAGCCUAUGGCUAUAAGUCUGACCUCAUCAAACAUCAGAGGAUUCACACAGGGGAGAAACCUUAUGAAUGUAAUGACUGUGGCAAAGCCUAUGGCUGUAAGUCUGACCUCAUCAAACAUCAGAGAAUUCACACAGGGGAGAAACCUCAUGAAUGCAAGGAAUGUGGAAAAGCCUUUGGCUAUAAGGCAGAUCUCCUCAAACAUCAGAGAAUUCACACAGGAGAGAAACCUUAUGAAUGUAAUGACUGUGGCAAAGCCUUCACCUGUAAGUCACAUCUCAUAAUCCAUCAGAGAAUUCACACAGGGGAGAAACCUUAUGAAUGCAAGGAAUGUGGAAAAGCCUUUGGCAAGAAGUCAACAAUCACUAGACAUCAGAGGAUUCACACAGGGGAGAAACCUUAUGAAUGUAAUGACUGUGGAAAAGCCUUCAGCUAUAAGUCAUAUCUCAUAAUCCAUCAUAGAAUUCACACAGGGGAGAAACCUUAUGAAUGCAAGGAAUGUGGAAAAGCCUUUGGCAAGAAGUCAACAAUCACUAGACAUCAGAGGAUUCACACAGGGGAGAAACCUUAUGAAUGUAAUGACUGUGGAAAAGCCUUCACCUGUAAGUCAUAUCUCAUAAUCCAUCAGAGGAUUCACACAGGGGAGAAACCUUAUGAAUGCAAGGAAUGUGGAAAAGCCUUUGGCAAGAAGUCAGCAAUCACUAGCCAUCAGAGGAUUCACACAGGGGAGAAACCUUAUGAAUGUAAUGACUGUGGCAAAGCCUACGGCUGUAAGUCUGACCUCACCAAACAUCAGAGGAUUCACACAGGGGAGAAACCUUAUGAAUGUAAUGACUGUGGCAAAGCCUUUGGCCGUAAGUCGGACCUUACCAAACAUCAGAGGAUUCACACAGGGGAGAAACCUUACGAAUGUAAUGACUGUGGCAAAGCCUAUGGCUGUAAGUCUAACCUCAUCACGCAUCAGAGAAUUCACACAGGAGAGAAACCUUAUGAAUGUAAUGACUGUGGCAAAGCCUUCGGCUGUAAGUCUGACCUCAUCAAACAUCAGAGAAUUCACACAGGGGAGAAACCUUAUGAAUGCAAGGAAUGUGGAAAAGCCUUCACCUGUAAGUCACAUCUCAUAAUCCAUCAGAGAAUUCACACAGGGGAGAAACCUUAUGAAUGCAAGGAAUGUGGAAAAGCCUUUGGCCAAAAGUCACAUCUCAUAAUCCAUCAGAGAAUUCACACAGGGGAGAAACCUUAUGAAUGUAAUGACUGUGGCAAAGCCUACGGCUAUAAGUCUGACCUCAUCAAACAUCAGAAGAUUCACACAGGGGAGAAACCUCAUGAAUGCAAUGACUGUGGCAAAUCCUUUGGCUAUAAGUCACAGCUCAUAAUCCAUCAAAUUCACACAGGGGAGAAACCUUAUGAAUGUAAUGACUGUGGCAAAGCCUACAGCUGUAAGUCACAACUCAUAAUCCAUCAGAGAAUUCACACAGGGGAAUAACCUUAUGAAUGUAAUGACUGUGGCAAAGCCUUUGGCCAGAUGUCACAUCUCAUAAUCCAUCAGAGAAUUCACAUAGGGGAGAAACCUUAAGAAUGUAAUGAAUCCUGAAAAGCCUGGCUGGAGUCAGUAAUCAUCAAACAUCAGAGAAUUCACACAGGGGAGAAACCUUAUGAAUGUAAUGAUGGAAAAGCCUUUGGCAAGAAGUCACAUCUUAUAAUCCAUCAGAAAAUUCACACAGGACCCUAAGCAUCUGUGCAUAUACAUUUAUUUAUACUUGCAUCUUCCUGUUGAAUUGAUCCCUUAAUCAUUAUAUAGUGCCAUUCUUUGUCUCUUUUAGUAGUUUUUGUUUAAAGUCUCUUUCCUUUGCUAUUAGCAUUGCUACAUCUGUCCUGUUUUGUGUUCCAUUGGCAUAGAAUAUCUUUUCUCAUCCUUUCACUUUCAGUCUGCAUGCAUCGUUGUUGGUGAGAUGUUUCUUGUAGGCAGCAAGCAGAUUGGUUUUGUUUUUAAUCCAUUCAGCCAGUCUGUACCUUUUAACUGGAGAGUUGAGGCCAUUUACAUUCAAAGUGACUGUUGAUAAGUAAUGACUUUGUCCUGACAUUGUUUCAUAAAGUUUCCUAUUGUUUACUUUGGAUUUCUUUUGUACUUUUGCUCGAGUAUUUUUUUUUUUUUGCUUUCAGAUUUUUGAAAGAUUAUUUAUUUGUUUGAAAGGCAGAGUUACAUAGAGCCAGAGUCAGAGGCCAGAGAGAGAGAGGUCUUCAAUCCACUGGCAUACUCCCAAAUUGGCUGCACUGGCUGGAGCUGGGCCAAUCUGAAACCAGGAGUCUGGAGCUUAUUUCAGGUCUCCCAUAUGGGUGCAGGGGCCCAAGGACCUGAGCCCUCUUCAGCUGCUUUUCCAGGCACAUUAGCAGGGAGUUGGAUCAGAAGUGCAGCAGUCGGGACUUGAAUCAGUGCCCAUAAGGGAUGCUGGUGCUGUAGGUGGUGGCAUUAUCUGCUAUAACACAGUGCCAGCCCUUCUCAUUCUUUUAUCAUGAUGACUAUCUUUCUGUGUUUCUUAGUGUAGCACUUCAUUUAAAACAUCUUUUGUAAUGCCACUUUGUGAUUGAAAAUUCUUCCUACUCUUGUUACAAAUGGUCUUUAUUUCAUUGUCAUUCUUAAAUGAGAGCUUUGCAGGAUACAGUAUUCUGGGUUGACAAUGUUGUAUUAAGACUUAGACUAUGUCUUGCACUCCUUGCCUGUAGGGUUUCUUAUGAGAAGUCCAUUGUAAGUAUAAUUGGAGAUCCUCUGAAAGUAAUUUGGCAUUUUUUUGUGCACCUUUUUGGAAUCUCUUUAUAUACAGAAGAUCAGUUUAGCAUACAUUAAGUAAAGAUUUCAACAGUUUGCUCCCACACAGAAACAUAAAGUGAAAAAUACUGUUUGAGUACUAGUUAUAGCAUUAAAUAUCAAUGUAUAGCACACUAAGGACAAAGAUCCUACAUGAGGAGUAAGUGCACAGUGACUCCUGUUGUUGACUUAACAAAUUGACACUCUUGUUUAUGGCAUCAGUAAUCACCCGAGGCUCUUGUCAUGAGCUGCCAAGGCUAUGGAAGCCCCCUGAGUUCACUGACUCUGAUCAUAUUUAGACAAGGCCAUGGUCAAAGUGGAAGUUCUCUCCUCCCUUCAGAGAAAGGUACCUCCUUCUUUGAUGACCCAUUCUUUCCACUGGGAUCU